GGUUCACCGCCAGAGGCCGCUGUUUCUCCGCAGGCCCCUCCGCAUCAUGGUCGCCCCCGUGCUGUUUAUUCCACACAGCGCGUCUGUUUACUGUGGAGGAGCGGCGGCUCUCACUCUGAUAAUAGCCGAAUUUAUGACUCCAUAACCCGGCCGAUACACUGCCUCGGUACCGCAGAGACAGGAGUGCUAUGUGUAGUCGCGGGGGGUGCAGUGUGAGGCUGCUGCUGCCCUGGUUUCUGCUCUGCUGUGUUCCUCUCCACAGCUCCACCCAUCAUGUGGCAGGAGCAGCAGGUGAAGCUCAAAGAACAGUGGACACAGACGUGUCUGUAAACCAGUUAAUCGCUCUCAGAGAGGUUGUAUUUGUGAUUCAGAGCCAGAAGAACUCUUACCACACCCUGAGGGCAGAACAAAGGAGAGCACAUCUUUUCCAUCAGGCACAGCUUCUCAAACAGGGCUUGCCAGAUGUCGUGUUCCUGCACGAGCUGUCAGAAUACGGUGGGAACUGGGGGAUUCUUCCAGCGCUGCCUCUUCUGGCUGAAGGCUACUGUUGGAGUUCUUCGUGGAUCUUCUUCUUGGAGGAAGAGACUAUUGUGGAUUUGGACAGACUGCUGCAGGUUCUCAGCAGGUUCACCUCAGGGAGGGAGUGGUUUCUGGGAAGAGCCCUGUAUGAUAAAGAAGCGACAAUCAUCCACCACUACGCUUUCUCAGAAGAGCCGUCUGCUUUCAGCUACCCUGACUUUACUGCUGGCUGGGCCCUCAGCUGCCCUCUGGUUAAGAGGCUUGCGGACUAUGUGAAGUAUGAGCCGCCCAAGUCAGAUUUCACCAUUGACCUUAAACACGAGAUUGCUCUGUACAUUUGGGAAGAAGGAAGAGGUCCAGCAUUGAUUAAUGUCUGCGAGUUUUGCUCAGAACUGCACGGCUCUCCCAACACCAACCACUGCGCUUCCGCUGUCAACACCUACAUCCCCAGCUGUGGGAACCCAGUGAAGAAAGAAGAGCUGUUUGUUGCAGUGAAGACCUGUCAGAAAUUCCACAGGGAUAGAGUGCCAGUUGUGAAGAAGACAUGGGCGAAGGACGCAGCGCUGCUGGAGUAUUACAGUGAUGCUGCAGACCCAGCUAUCCCCACUGUUGACCUGAGAGUGCCCAACACUGAGAGGGGGCACUGCGCGAAGACGUUCUCCAUCCUGAGGAGGUUUGCUAGCGGAGGAGUGACUCGAGCGCCGUGGCUGCUCAUAGUGGAUGACGACACGUUGAUCAGCUUACCCCGACUGAGAAAGCUCCUGCGCUGCUACAACCCCGGAGAGCCUGUCUGUGUCGGCGAGCGCUACGGCUACGGCCUCAGCCAGGGAGGCUACAGCUACGUCACCGGCGGAGGAGGUAUGGUGUUCAGCAGAGAGGCAGUGCAGAGGAUGCUCUCCAGCGGCUGUGGCUGUUAUAGUCCAGAUGCUCCAGAUGACAUGGUGCUGGGGAUGUGCCUGAAUACCUUAGGAAUCCCAGUCACGCACAGCCCGCAGUUUCACCAGGCCCGUCCAGAUGAUUACUCCAAACAACUGCUGCUUCGCCAGAGUCCUGUCUCCUUCCACAAGCACUGGAACAUUAACCCUGUGGCUGUGUAUCAGCGGUGGUUGAUGGACACUGAGGAGCCAUUUCAGCAGCUCUUUGGAAGAAAGCACAGACAGGAGCUCUAGGUUGGCUUGUAUUAUUCUGUUGAGAAUGUGCAUUCGUGAAAUUUGAACAAUAAAGGUUUGUAUUUUCAGCUAAA